AAUCUUCUCUGUCCUCAUCUCAACUGUGAAUUAGUGAAUCAAUGAUUCCCUUCAAGCUCUCAACCUCUCACCGUGCCGUCACUACAACCACUGCAACAAUCACCGCUCACCACCGCUCACCAUCACUUACUGCUUACCUCCAGCUCCAAGGCUGGGUCGUCCUCUUUCUGUUGUCGCGUGGCCAUCUCAAUUGUGAUUCGGUGAUUCCCUUCAAGCUUUCAACCUCUCACAGUGCUGUCACUACGACCCUUGCAACGCUCACUACUCACCUCCAACUCCAAGGCUGGGUCGUCCUUUUUUUGCUAUCGUGUGGCCAUCUCAACUGUGAUUCGGUGAUUCCCUUCAAGCUCUCAGCCUCUCACCGUGCCAUCACUACAACCACUACAAGUCUGCAACGCUUACCACUCACCACCACUCACCUCCAACUCCAAGCUUUUAGUACUAGUGGAAAAGUUAUUAGUCCACAUCGGAGUAAGGUUAGACCAAAUACGAUACAGGCACUGAUGUGUCUUCAAGAUUGGUUGAAGAAAGAUCUGAAAGGUCCUGACAAUAAUGGGAAUUUCUUCAAUCUAUUUGAGGAGUUGGAGGAGAAUGAUAAUGUGAAUGAUGAGUCUGAGUCUGCAAUGCUCACCACUCACCACCGCUCACCUCUAGCUCCAAGGCUGGGUCGUCCUCUUUCUAUUGUCGCGUGGCCUCCACCUCAACAGCUCUACCUUGGAUUCUUUUCAAACAGUCCAACUCCAAGUUCUGAUAAUAAUGAGAAUUUCUUCAAUCUAUUUGAGGAGUUGAAGGAGAAUGAUAAUGUCGAUGAUGAGUCUGAGGUUAUGCCUUUUUUCUUUAUGAAAUAUGAGCUUGUUGCUAGCGAGCUUGUUGCUAGCGAGCUUGUUGCUAGCGAGCUUGAUGGACUUGCUUGACAAUGACAUGUAUAUAUUGGCUAUGUUAUUGUGUAUAUUUACUGCUUGUUUAUCUUGUUUUAAAAUUUUACUUUAUAUGAUUAUUUGAGUUAGUUUUAUUUGAUGAAUAUGGAAACCAGUGGAGUCUAAGUAGAGCCAUGUUGAGUUUAAUUUUGAUUAACAAGUAGUGAAAAUUUUGAUUAACAAGCAGUGGAAUAGAUGAUAGUUUUAUUU